UGUCGUUCCCACUCUUUCUUCUCUCAUUCCUAUUUUUAUUCUAAUUUUCUAUUAUUUUCUCGAUUCGAAACUUGCUCGUAUUAAAUUCCCCCAAAUUCUCGUUUCCUUUUAUGGGAGUUUUUAUCUCCGCGUCUUCAAGAGGCGGGCUAAGGCUCCUACAUUCGUCUUCUCUCUCGUUGACGAAGGCGUCAAAGCUUUGACAAGAUCCAUUCUUUUCCCCAUAUUUUUUAUAUAAAGAUUUGAUCUUGGGAGAAGAUCGGAGCUAGGGUUUGAAGAUGGAGACGGAGAAGAAGCCGGCGGUGUCCAAUAUGGGAGCUUGGGCGAUGAAUGUCGUGAGCUCGGUGGGGAUCAUCAUGGUCAACAAGCAGCUCAUGUCUCCAGCUGGCUACGCUUUUGUCUUUGCAACUACAUUGACGGGAUUUCACUUCUCAGUCACCGCUCUUGUUGGGUGGGUUUCAAAUGCAACAGGGAUCUCCACAUCAAAGCCAGUACCUCUAUGGGAACUUCUAUGGUUUUCAAUUGUUGCUAAUUUGUCAAUUACUUCAAUGAACUUAAGCCUCAUGCUUAACUCAGUGGGAUUUUAUCAGAUAUCUAAAUUAAGCAUUAUACCAGUGGUUUGCAUGUUGGAGUGGAUUCUUAACAACAAGCAUUACAGUACUAGAGUGAUAGUGUCUGUAGUUGUUGUGGCCUUUGGUGUCGGGGUCUGCACUGUGACUGAUUUGGAAAUUAAUGUGAAGGGAUUUCUCUGUGCGUGUGUGGCUGUCUUCUGCACAUCUUUACAACAGAUUACAAUUGGUUCUUUCCAAAAGAAAUACAGCAUCGGUUCUUUUGAGCUCCUGAGCAAAACAGCACCCAUACAGGCAGUAUCUCUUCUUCUGUUCGGCCCUAUCAUUGACUACUAUCUCAAUGGACGUUCCCUCUUGAAGUACAACUUUGCUUCUGGAGCAAUUAUGUUCAUCCUACUAUCAUGUUCCCUUGCCGUCUUCUGCAACAUGAGCCAGUAUCUCUGCAUUGGUCGAUUCUCAGCCACAACCUUCCAAGUUUUGGGUCAUAUGAAGACUGUUUGUGUACUAAUUUUGGGUUGGGUACUCUUCGACUCCGCUCUCACAUUCAAGAACAUCCUAGGCAUGUUACUUGCAGUGGUCGGAAUGAUAAUAUACAGUUGGGCUGUGGAAUCUGACAAGCAGGCCAACAUCAAAAUCGAAAACAAAGUAGGCUCAGAGGAGGAUGUGAAGCUUCUCAAAUCAAAUGCUAGUGCUCAGAGUGACCUUGAGCUUGGACAGACAAAGAGUUGAUUCUAUUUUGUUGGAUUCACCUUUUCAAUUUUAAUUGUUUAAUUUUUUGGGGUCGAGUUAUUUAUUGUUGAUUAUUUGAUUCAGUUCUAUUUUGAUUUCAUAGUUAAUGUUGUGUUAUUAAGGCCCUUAUGUAAGGUGUUGGGUAGCUGGGGAGCUUUACUUUUUUUUUUUUAACUUCUUUUCCCCACGAAAUUUUCUUGUAUGACUACUGUUAAUUAUAUAUAAAUUGUUCAUGUAAGAAUUUCGCCUAGCGAAUAUAUAAAUUGUUCAUGUAAGAAUUUCUUGUA